GCACCCACCCCCCUCUCCCCCGCAUUAAAACCCCGCCCCGUCCGGCAGGCCAGGGCACGCAUACACACACGCGCCUGCGCUCUGACGCCACCACACCAUACUGGCCAAGGAAGGAAGAAGCAAGGAACCUACUCCAUCCAUGGCGUCCCACGCGGGCCGCCUCCUCCUGCUCCUCGCGCUGGCCGCCGCGCUCGCCGGCCGCUCCGCAGAGGGGGCGUGGUGCGUGUGCCGCCCUGACCUGCCGGACGCGACGCUGCAGAGGACGCUGGACUACGCGUGCGGCAGCGCCGCCGACUGCAAGCCCAUCCAGCGCAACGCCGCCUGCUUCGCCCCGGACACCGUCAAGGCGCACUGCUCCUACGCCGUCAACAGCUACUACCAGCGCAGCGGCCAGAACCCGCUCGCCUGCGUCUUCUCCAGCACCGCCGUGAUCUCCUCCACCGACCCAAGCACCAACGGCUGCAAGUACCCUGCGACCCCAAGUGCUCCUGACAGCCCGCCGCCGCCGAUGGCGCAAGGUCCGAACGGCGCCCAGAAGGACACCAGCGGCGGCGCCGACGUUCUCCCGGUGGCCGGAACCGCGAGGCGGGUGGUGAUCCUGGCCUGCUGCUCGCUCCUCGCUCUGUACCUCAUGGCGUGACCAGAGGAGACACAAGGCACCCCUCCUGCACCGACCCUUGGUUUUGGGUGUCUUGUUUCUUGGCACAUUUUCUCUUAGUAGUGGUGGUAGGAAGAGAACCUUUGUGAUGAUGAUGAUGGUAUUCCGUUCUGGUGGGAGACUGAAGAUAGCUUGUCAGUGAGACCAUGAUAUUGUUUGGUGGAGGGUUUAGGGCUGAUGUAGUGAUGAUGUUAUGACCUGAUGCUGUGUCUUGGAGGAUACUACUGUCAUGACUUGAUUCUACCAUGUUUGGUUAUCUGGUUCUUUGGUGCA